UGCACUCUCUCUGGCUAUACAUCCCAUGUACCGAGCAUCUCCUCCACCUCCAUCACCGGUCGGUGCAUUGGGGGGGGGGGGGCGCUUCUCUACCUGUUUGAGUGUGCUGGUGAGGAAGUAGAUGAGAGACAGUCCGAAGACGACCCCCAGCACCCAGCGCUUCCUCAGUAGCCGCCGCAGCACCAUCAUCAUAGCAUGGCUUGGUUGCGGAGCCUCCAGGGGGCUAGUUAGCUUCAAUCUGACAGCCGACCAGAGGCGUUGUAUCCGGACAGCAUCCACGCACACGUGCUAGCUAACCCAUGGUGCAGGCUGGGUCACUCGGCUGUGGUAAACACGUCUCAGCGGCUAAGCUAACAUCACAAAAGCCUGCUUUGUUGGAACUGCUAGCUAGCUGCCGUUAGCAUUAGCUUCCUUUCCUCAAGUGAAGCUAAACUCUGUUAUUUUCAAAACAAGACAAAUAAAGUGUAACGAAGACCAGUGGCGUUUUUUCGUGUCGUUUAAAGAUAAAACUAAAAGUCCGGUUUCCAGAGACUGUGACGUGCAGGCAGAGGAAAGCCAGCAAAACACACUCCCAACACGGAAGUGGUUCGGCGGGAUCGGGGCCGCUGAUUGGUCGGCUACGCGCACCGCGGUGACGUCAUACAGGAAGUGUCCGGCGCAGACAAGGCAGCUUGUUUUUAAGGAUGAGGAGAGAGAAGGAGCUUCUCACGUAACCGAUUCAGGGCUGCACCUUGCGGGGAUGAGCACUGGGCCAUGCAGAGGAGACACAGCAGCAACACGGAUGGCAUGCCCUCUGAAAGGAGCCGAAGCCAAACUCUAGGAUCCGAGAGCAGCCUUGAUGAGGGAGGUGUCUUCGACUGCCUGAAGCCCGACUCAGCCGUCUCCCCCCAGCAAAUCUUCUCCGGCCUUGUGGGUGUCCCCUCCGGUUCUGUCUCCUCCGCCCAGUUCCAGGCAGCCGGCUUAGUCCUGGGCUCUCCCCCUGAAGUUUUUAUCCAGAUGACCGCAUCAUCCAGAGAAGAAGGGGGCCCCCACCGCUCCGAGGGUGGAUCCUUUCUCUCUCGCCCGCCGCAGCACCACCAUCACCACCACCAUCACCACUUCCACCACCAGGCGCUGCAGCACAGGACGUCCUCUCUGCUCCAGCAGGCCGCCACGUCGGGCGGCUCGGAGAGGCAUGGCUCCAGGGAGGAGGGCCAGGAGGACCCGUCCACGCCGGGCCCAGCCCUGUCCGAGCUGAAGUCAGUGGUCACCUGGCUGCAGAGGGGUUUCCCCUUCAUCCUGAUUCUGCUGGCUAAAGUCUGCUUUCAGCAUAAGCUCGGUAUCGCUGUGUGCGUGGGGAUGGCCAGUACAUUCGCUUAUGCCAACUCCACAUUCAGGCACCAAGUGUCAUUACGGGAGGAACGUUCUGUUAUUGUUGCUCUUUGGAUCUUAAUGUUCCUCUCAGGCAAUAUAUUCUAUAUCUACUACACGUUCAGCCACGAGGAGCUGCAAAACAGCCUUAUAUUCUCCAAGCCCAACCUCAGCAGCUUUGACUUCUUCGACCUGAUUUGGGCUGUGGGCAUCACUGACUUUGUCCUGAAGUAUUUCACCAUCGGCCUGAAAUGCUUCGUCCUCUUUUUGCCCAAGAUCCUCCUGGCGUUCAAAUCCAGGGGUAAGUUCUACCUGCUGAUCGAGGACCUGAGCCAGCUGUUCAGGGCGCUGGUUCCCAUCCAGCUGUGGUACAAGUACAUCAUGGGAGAAGACCCGUCUAACAGCUACUUCCUGGGAGCCACGCUCAUCAUCAUCUACAGCCUCUGCAAGUCCUUUGACAUCUGUGGACGUGUAUCAGCCAUAUGUAAAGCCGUGGCUGUGCUUUGCAGCUCCCAGAGUUAUGGAAUGAGGGCCGGCAAUCAGCAGUGCAGCGAGGCGGGGGAUGUCUGCGCCAUUUGUCAGGCUGAUUUCAAAGAUCCCAUCGCCCUUCACUGUCAGCACGUGUUCUGUGAGGAGUGCCUGUGCCUGUGGUUCGACCGGGAGAGAACGUGUCCACUGUGCCGCUCCACCGUCAUCGAGACCAUGCGCUGCUGGAAGGACGGCACCACCUCGGCUCACUUCCAGAUAUACUGAGCCAUGACCACGUGAUGGACGGGCUCCCGCAAAGACGCAGCCGUGCCGUGACACAACGCAGAAGAUGGUGUGUCGUGUUUCUCUGUUUUGGUAAUUCUUAAAAUCAGGUGGUGGUUUUGAUCUGGGAGGCAAGUUCACAUGAAGCUGCUGGUAGGAGCCACGUGCUUUAACAAAGCUGUUGUGGCAAUAGUCCCAUUUAUCUGUACAUGUUGAUUUAGCCUCUGUUAUACAUUUGUUUUACAUUUUAAACAUGAUAAGAGUUGUUAAUGUAAAUAAUCACAGCAGUCAGACAUUUUUAGUUAUUCUUUUUGAUUUUGUCGUGUAUAUAUCGUGCCUGUAUAACUUUCUUUAUUAAUAUAUAAUUUUUAUUUGGUAUAUAAUUUAAAUGUCUGCGAUAUUUCUUUGAACAAAAGGGGGAAAUGUCUCACAAAAGAUUGCAAGUAGAUAACAACAACCAACAUUUGUUCCAUACGGUUAUUUAGAUUUUGAAUAGUGAACAUAAGAUGGUGUGUGAUUUGUUUUAAUUCUCCUAAUCAACAGUUCAUUGUACUUCGUGCAGAUAAUGAACGAUUUUACUUUCCGAUUAGUUUUCACUUAUUCAUUUACAGUGAGAGUUCAUCUGUGAAACUUCAUUUCAUCUGUGGAUAUUCUUUAACAUGUGUAAUUUCCUUUAGAAUAAUGUGAACAUCUUUUGAAUUAAAGCACUUUAUCUCACCAUGUCAA